AUGAUUGGAUUUUACUCAGACGUUACUCAUGUGUUACUCCUUACUACCUCUGGUAUUACUCACUGCUACCUCAGCAGCAUAAUCAUCACCUCCUGCACCUGCCAACUGCUCUCCCCUUCCCCUGUGCUUCCACUCCUCCUGUGCUUCCCCUCCUCCUGUGCUUCCUCCCCUGUGCUUCCCCUACCUUGUGAUUCCCCUCCCCCUGUGAUUCCCCUCCCAUGUGCUUCCCCUCCCCCUGUGCUUCCCCUCUCCAUGUGCUUCCCCUCUCCUUGUGCUUCCCCUCCCUCUGUGCUUCCCCUCUCCUUGUCCUCCCCCCCCCCCCCCCCCUGUGCUUCCCCUCUCCGUGUGCUUCCCCUCUCCCUGUGCUUCCCCUCCCCUUGUCCUUCCCCUCCCCUUAUGCUUCCCCUCUCCAUGGGCUUCCCUUCCCCAUGUGCUUCCCCUCCCCUUGUGCUUCUCCUCCCCCUGUGCUUCCCCUUCUUCUAUGCUUCGCCUCUCUCCCUGUGCUUCACCUCCUUGUAUGCUUCCCCCUGCUCUUUUCUUCCCCUCCCCUUGUGCUUCCCCACCCCUUAUGAUUUCCCUCUCCCUGUGCUUCCUCUCCCCUGA